GAGGGGGAGGGGAGCGGAGGGCGGGAGCGCUCGCCGCGGCUCCCUGCAGCCCGAGCCGCAUGACGCGCAGAGGAGGCAGCGGGAGCCGCCGGAGCCGCGGGAGCCGGGGUCCCGUCGCCGCGCACGGGGGGUGGGCGCCGCUCGCUCCGCCCCGCGAAUCUCCUGCGCGCCCAGGGACGCGUCCCUCCCGUGACCGCCUCGUCGGGCCCAGCCUGGUGGCUGCGGCCGCUGCCAUGUCCCGGGGGAAGCCCGGGGCGGGCGGAGCGGGGACUAGGCGGACCGGCUGGAGGAGGCGGAGGCGGAGGCGGUGGCUGGAAGCGGCGAUCGGAGCGCCCCGGCUCGGGCGCACGGCGGGGCCCGACUCGCGCGGCCCGGGCACGUUCCAGGGCGCGCGGGGCAUGAAGUCGGCGGCGCGGGAGGCGCGGCCCCCUCGGCGCUCGCCCGGGCUGCGCUGGGCGCUGCCGCCGCUGCUGCUGCUGUGUCGCCUGGGCCAGAUUUUGUGCACGGAUGCCUGUAGUAGUGUCCCCUGUGAGCUGGUUACAGUUAAAUCUACCACCACUGAGAUUCUUGUCAGUAAAAAAACAGAAAACCUUUCACUAAUAACCGUGACCGAUUCGAGCAACCAGAAUCCGCAGCGUUUCCAAGAGAACGGAGACGGCAUUAUUUCAGUUGCGGGGCUGGCUCCUGGUACGAACUAUUAUAUCAGAUACUCAAAUGGCUCUAGUUUCUGCUGCCAAGUGUGGACACAACCCAGCCCUGUGUUUGGCAUUGCAGCUAUUUCCAUCAGUCCCACCAGCGUGAAUCUAACAUGGAAAAACGACGACUCAGCUGCUUCUAAUUAUGAGUAUGAAGUAAAGGAUGAGAAGGGAAGCAGGACGUGGACUUCUGAUGCAAAUCAAAGAAGCAUUAAUAUCCCCAACCUAAGUCCAGCGACUUUAUAUACCUUCUCCAUCACUCCGGAAAUAAACGGAAGUAGGGGAAAUGCCAGCUUCAUAAAUGUCACAACAACGCCUCUUCCAGUGUCUGAUCUUCAUGUUACCUGCAAGGGUGUGACCGCAGUUGCACUGGCCUGGAAGAAUAGCAAUGGCACUGCCACCUGCCGGAUACUCCUAGAAGCCACGGGAAGCCAUGUGGAGGUGACUCACAACUUACCAGUCAAUAUUCCAGACCUGAAGCCAGGGUUUAAAUAUAAGGUCACUUUAGAUGUUUCGGAAUCAAACAGCACUGGAGAACAUGGCUCAGCAAAUGUCACCGGCACAGAGAGCUCAGACCCGACACCCAAAAGCCUCACUGCCCUUUUGUACAACGACCCACCCUCUGGCUUUCCUCCGACUGACACGGAAGUCCUGCUUCUUGGGUUAAAGUCUGGCACGUCGUACAAUGCCACUGUUUAUCCUCGAGCACCAUCCGGCCCGGAAGGAGAGCCCCAGAAAAUACUCUUCAGCACACAAUCCAGUCAGGUUUUUGACAUCAAAGCUACAAACGUCACUGCCACGAGCAUGAUCCUGACCUGGAAAAUCAAUAAUGAUUCGUGCUCUGUCUACACCUACGAGAUAGACGUUAAGUCCGCUUCCCUCAGUCUCAAUCUCACCAUCAGUGAGACUCAGGCCAACAUCACCGGACUCAGCUCGAGCACCUUAUACAACAUCACAGUGCGCCCGUUCCUGCAGGACGGCUCUGCGGGCAUGCCGGGCUUCCUCCAGGUGUACACCCGUCCUGGUCCAGUUUCUGACUUCCGGGUGACGAGUGUCACCACAAGGACUGUUAGCUUAGCUUGGAGCAGCAAUGACUCGGAUUCCUUUAAGAUACUCACCCAGAACGGAACUGGAAAAUUUCAGGAGACAACCACCCAAAGUAGUAUCGUCAUUGGUGGCCUGUACCCUGGGACCGAGUAUUGUUUUGAAAUAUUUCCACAAGGGCCAAAUGGGACUGAAGGGGAUUCCUCGACAGUUUGCAGUACAACUGACUCCGCUGCUGUGUUUGACAUCCGCGUGGUCAAUGUCACCACAACUGAAAUGACGUUAGAGUGGCAGAGUAUAGACAAUGCCUCUGACUACAUCUACCACCUACAGUUGGAGCCUAAGCAUGGCUCUUCUAGCCAGAUGAACAGCUCCGACAAAACCGUCACUCUCAGGGACCUGAUCCCGGGCACCUUAUAUAACAUCACCAUUUUUCCGGAAGUGAACGGUGUCCGGGGGAGCUCCAGCUUCACUGUGCAGUACACCCGGCCCAGCAGUGUGUCCGACAUUGAAAUAAGUCCCGGCACCACAUCAGCAACCUUCAGGUGGCAGAACGCUGAUGAGGCCUCUCUCACGUACAUCUACCGCCUUCUUAUUGAGAAAAAUGGGAAUUCCAGCAACGCAACUGAAAUAGUCACAGGCAUUGGCAUCACCAAUGCUACAGUCACCGAGUUAACACCUGGCUCCGGGUACACAGUGAAGAUCUUCGCCCUAGUGGGGAACGUCACUGAGUCACUGGCGCCUGGCCGGCAGUCCUUCUGUACAGACCCGGCCCCAGUCGCCUCUUUCCACUGUGCAGUGGUCCCCAAAACGCCAACCUUGGUGCUCAAGUGGGCCUGCCCUCCCGGGACCAAUGAAGGCUUUCAGCUGGAGGUCAGCAGCGGGGACUGGGAAAAUACGACACUCCUGGAGGGCUGCUCCUCGGAGGACGGCGCCGAGUACAGGACGGAAGUCACAUAUUUGAAUUUUUCUACCUUGUAUGACAUCAGCAUCACUGCCUUGUCCUGUAACAAGAUGGCACCUCCCGCCCAGAACACCUGCCUCACGGGCAUCACAGAUCCCCCUCCUCCAGAUGAGUCUCCCAAUAUUACGUCUAUUAGUCACAAUUCAGUCAAGAUCAAGUUCAGCGGGUUUGAAGCCAGCCACGGACCCAUCAAAGCCUAUGCUGUCAUCCUCACCACGGGGGAAGCUAACCCGUCUGCAGAGGAUCUGAGCUACACCUACGGAGAUUUCAAAAGGGGGGCCUCGGCCACUUACGUGACGUAUCUCAUCACAAUGGACGAACAGACGCGUUCGCCGGGCCUGUCGGAAGUCCUGAAAUACGAAAUCGCCGUGGGGAACGAGUCCAACACCCACGGCUACUACAACGGGAAGCUGGAGCCCCUGGGCUCCUAUCGGGCUUGUGUGGCCGGCUUCACCAAUAUCACCUUCAGCCCCGAGAGUGGACUCAUAGACGGGAACGGGAGCUACGUGUCCUUCAGCCGCUACUCAGAGGCCGUGUCCUUGCCCCAGGACCCAGGUGUCAUCUGUGGAGCUGUGUUCGGAUGUAUCUUUGGUGCCGUGGUGAUUGUGGCUGUUGGAGGGUUCAUCUUCUGGAAAAAGAAAAGGAAAGAUGCAAAGAACAAUGAAGUGUCCUUUUCUCAGAUUAAACCUAAAAAAUCCAAGCUAGUCAGAGUGGAGAAUUUUGAGACUUACUUUAAGAAACAGCAAGCUGACUCCAACUGUGGGUUUGCAGAAGAAUAUGAAGAUCUGAAGCUUGUUGGGAUUAAUCAACCUAAAUAUGCAGCUGAACUGGCUGAGAACAGAGGGAAGAACCGCUAUAAUAAUGUUCUGCCCUAUGAUAUUUCCCGUGUCAGACUUUCAGUCCAGACCCAUUCAGCCGACGACUACAUCAAUGCCAACUACAUGCCUGGCUACCAUUCCAAGAAAGAUUUCAUUGCCACACAAGGACCUUUACCCAACACUUUGAAAGAUUUUUGGCGUAUGGUUUGGGAGAAAAAUGUAUAUGCCAUUGUCAUGCUGACCAAAUGUGUUGAACAGGGAAGGACCAAAUGUGAGGAGUACUGGCCUUCCAAGCAGGCCAAGGACUAUGGGGACGUAGCUGUGGCAAUGACAUCCGAGAUUGUUCUUCCAGAAUGGACCAUCAGAGACUUCGUAGUGAAGAAUAAGCAGACAAGUGACAGUCACCCUCUGCGACAAUUCCACUUCACGUCCUGGCCUGACCACGGGGUUCCCGACACCACUGACCUGCUCAUCAACUUCCGGUAUCUUGUCCGUGACUACAUGAAGCAGAGUCCUCCCGAAUCGCCAAUUCUGGUGCAUUGCAGUGCGGGCGUUGGAAGGACGGGCACUUUCAUUGCCAUCGAUCGGCUCAUCUACCAGAUAGAGAAUGAGUACUCCGUGGACGUGUACGGGAUUGUGUAUGACCUUCGCAUGCACAGGCCUCUAAUGGUGCAAACAGAGGACCAGUACGUUUUCCUCAAUCAGUGCGUUUUGGAUAUCAUCCGGUCCCACAGGGACUCGAAAGUGGAUCUCAUCUACCAGAACACAACCGCAAUGACAAUCUACGAAAACCUGGCCCCCGUCACCACGUUUGGACAAACCAAUGGUUACAUCGCCUGAUUCCAAAGGAAAUUCUCUCUGGAGUUAAUGAGGCCACCACACCCACAGCAAAGGAAGAUGCCCCGAUGUGGACAUGCGUUUAGAUGUCUAAUAUCUGAAUUCUUUGUUCUGUUUUGUUAGAACUAAUUGAGGGUGUGAAGCUGCCCAGGUAACACGUGAGAGAUGAGAAGUUGGGGCUGUUGGGGGCUGUGGAUGGGUGGUGAGCCAAUCAGCUGCAUUCCUGGUCCCCGGUGGGAGGAGUUCACUCUUUUCCCUUGAGAGUGAUGGAAAACCAGGAAAAGUGAGCUAUGAUUCUUUUUUUUCUUUUUCAAAACAGAUUUUUUUUUUUAAACAAAACAAAACUAUUUUAUAUGAUCCACAUGGGAAAGCCAGGAUCGUGUUGGGUUGAAUAUAUUUUAAGUAUCAGAGGUCUAUUUUUACCUACUGAAUCUCGGAAUCUCGCUGAUGGAAGAUGCAGAACUGUGGACGAUGAUCGUGCAGGGAGGGGCAGGCGGCGCCUCUCCUGCCCGGGUUUUCUAUUUGAACAUGUGCCUUUUCUGAAUUAUGCUUCCACAGGCAGAACUCAGAAGAUUUCUCUAUUUUUGUAUCGAAUCUCAUAAUUGGACUCUGCAGAAUAUUUAAACGGUAGUUUAGUAUCAGAGGCUCAGCCUUCUCAGUAACAUUCCUAAUCUUGAUGAGAGGAGGCCCCUCCCCCACUACCCCUCUCCCCCCCGUUUUGUGUUCUAUUCCUUCUUCCCCUUUCCCCCCAGUUCCCCACAGAUGUGUGUGUUCAGCCCACUGGUUGAAUGAGAGUGGAAUUUUUUUUUGGCGGGGGGGUUGGGUGGGUAGGGAAGCAAAGGAAACCCUGCAGUGGACUACCCUUUUCUAGUCCCUGUUUUUUCCUUUUUUUCCUCAUUUCGUAUUUGGUAAGAAGGAUUAUUUAAAGGUGCAAUAUGUGACUAGUGAUUCCUGAUGCUCUAGGUUCUUAGCAACGUUUUACUCAGGUUGGCAUUUUAUGUCUGUGUGUGUGUGUGUGUGUGUGUGUGUGUGUGUAAAUGCGUGGCAAUCUGUGAACACUUCAGUGUGAAAACAGUGUCAAAGUAAUUCCUCCUCCUUCGAAGUCCACUGGCUUUAGUCUGUCUGCGGUGACACAUAUUGAUAUCUACUGUAUAUAUAUAGAUACUAAACUCUCAAAAACAGUCAUUCCUUUGAAUUGAGGUGUACAAAGUUUGAAUUUGUAUCAAGAUGUAAUUAUUAUUUUUAAAACCUCUUUUCACUAUACUGCUGCUGUAAUUACUUUGAUUUUAAAAAAAAUGUAGAUUAACUUUUUUUUUUUCUUCAGGUGUGUAUCCACCAAGAAUUUCAGAAUUUAUGUGGGUUAAUUUUAUUGGUACAUAAUCUGUAAACUUCUCAAGGCAUUAACAUGAAAGGAUUUGUUUCUUUUUAUUUUAUAUUGUGGCUCAGGUUCUAUUGUGAAGAAGUUUUGAGUGUAGCCUCCAGUUGGCAACGAAGUACACAAGGUCUUAUGAAGGAAUGUCCAACCCCCGAAAGCCCGUGGCCCUUGGCCACAGCCAUGAGUCCUGCUGUAAACUUAGGAUGAAUGUGUCCUAUUGAAGAUGGGAGCGGGGUCCUCUCCGAGUGCCCUGCUCCCUGUGGACCCGUGGGAGCCCUUCUCCUGACCCUGCCUCGCCCCUCAGCUCACCGGCACUUUGAUAACGGAACUGGACAUGUGACUGGGUGUUUGGGGUUAGGAAGGGUGAACCAUGACGUACCGAUACCCUUGAUUCAGUUCAGAGGUCCGUGCUGUAUGUUGUCCCCUGUCCCUUUGAGGUACCGAAAGAAUGAAAAGGAGAGGCGGUGAUGUCUCGUUUUGGGAGAACCUUACUUCCCAAACAGAAAUUGCACUUUUUGCUGAAUCCUUUGCUGUCUUUGGUAGUAAGCAGUUCAUUCAAUGUCAGACUCUUCGAGGAGGGGGUUGGCCCGGCCAGGUCAGGCCCUCUGGACCCCACUUCGGAGGGGCCUUUGGCUGUGAAGGUCUGAAUCAAGGAAGCCACACCGUUGCGGGAGGUGGGGUGCAGCCGGGUUUGGGCCGAUUGCUUCCAGACCUUCUCACUGGUCUGGCCCCCAAUGCAUGCAGAUCUCAGAGUUCCAUAGCUUCAGUCAGGGGUCCCGAUGGAGGCAGCAGCUCUGUGGCCACACCCCUCCCACCUCCAAUUUGUCAGGGAACCAUUGUGAUGGGUCUGAUCUGGGUGUCACAUCCCAUGGAGAUGCUGUGCCCCGCCCUGCCCCUCUCACUGCCAUGGAGAUGUCCGAGGAAAGAGCUUGCCUCUAAAAAUCCCUUUAAAAUGAAUGAAAGCAACAAUAAUUAUCAUAUUGUAUAGAAACUAAAAAAACAGAAAUCCUUCUCCCUUCCACCUGGUGUGGGCUUGGGAACUGAGCAGCAGCCGCACGUGCCUCUCCCGCACGUCAUUCCCAGUCCCAGAGGAAGGCCUGUGCUGGGAGGUCUGGAUUCCACGUGGCAGGUCACACAGAGGUCACCAUGCCUCUCUGCAUCCUCAAGACGCCGUGGACAGGGCGGUGAGAGUAUUUAUAGCACAGGGAUUGCCAAGGGAGAUUUCCUGUGUAACUAUGAAGGACGUGGGGCUGGGGAGAUGGUUAUAGGAAAGAGGAAGGUGCUUUUGAGCUCCUGCCCCAAACCCUCCCAGGAACAAAUAACUAGAAUUGGAGGGGCUGUGGAGAGGGUGGGAUUGCCCUGAGUUUGUAGUUGAGUUACAUACAGAAAGGCAGCCAGGGUGGGGUGAGUGGUCCUUGGUUUGGGGGAUUUGGGUCAUUGGAUCUCUUCUCCAAGCGGAGACGUUUUGCCUCCAAAGGUAAAUCGAGUGACGAUCGGCACCAGGAGGCAGUGACAUCUGGGGUGUGUUCUCUGUGAGCAUGCAGUGACAGCUAGAUGUGGCCCCUUUGGCUCCCUUGGAUUUGGGCUUCGUCAGUUAGAGGCUCCGGGAUGGGAGUGGGGGUGGGGGGGACCCGCUCUGCAGCUGAUUCACGGUUGCUUUUCACGUAGAUGAAAAAGCCUGGUUCGCUUUUGGAAUGGUUGGUCGCGCUUACUGAGCGAAACAAGACUUGGUGACUGAUGUUGAUUUGCCUCCGAGGUCCCAAGUUCUGCGUUUUCAGACUGUCCAGAGCAGCCGAGCGUUCAACAUACUGUAGCUUUUUUUUUUUUUUUUUUUUUUUACCUCCUGUGGGGCACAUAAGGGUAGGAUGUGUUGAUGUAGACUCUAAAACUGUAAUUUUCUUGUAACUAUUUUGGAAUGAUGCAUAUUUCUAAAUGUUUGUUAUACUUGUACAGAGUAUUGCUGUUGGUUGCUUUUCUUUGUUUUUUAAGGAAAAAAUGGCCUGAAAAUUUUUUUUAAAGACUUACAAAUACCAAAUAUAAAAAAAUGUCAACACA